GAACUUCUUGAAACUACAUUUAUUUUAAUGGUCUAUGAAUUUGUGUAUGGUUUCUGAAUACGGUUCACGUGUUUGUGUAUAUUUGUAAUGCGUGAUUCUUACCUGAAAAAGUGGAGUGUUAUUUGCAGUAUUUAAUGGUGAUAUAAAAAAAAAGAUUAAAACCUAGUCAAUUAUAGUACAUCUUUACUAAAUAAUGGAUUUUGAAGUGUAGAGACGCAUUUGCAAAUGCAUAUCGUGCAAUGUAUACAUAUUUGAAAUUACUGUGUUAAUGUGCAUAUGAAAAGUACAAGCUUCUGAAGCAUAUUAUUUUUUUCAUUUAUUCGUAAGCAUUAAUUGCUUACCGUCUAUUAUGCUAUUCGGGGACAAAUUUUAUUCUUGAAGGUACUUAAGCGGAGUCAGUUGAAUUGUAAGGAAUGCAUGCUUCUAAGGUAGAUGAUUAUAAUAUGAAUCAGGAAAGAACAUCUCAAAGGGGUUGGCAACCUGGUACUGAAGUUGUAGCCCGAUAUAGUUUCAAAGGCAGUUCAGAAGAAGAUUUAGUUUUUCAGAAAGGAGAUAUAAUGACCAUAGUUACUCCAACUAAAGAUCCAAAUUGGUAUAAAGCUCGGCAUGUGGAUUGUAGGGAAGGGCUUAUUCCUGCAAACUAUAUACAAAAGCGAUCAGAAGUUAAGUUGCAUGCUAUGCCCUGGUUUCAUGGUAAAAUUACUCGAGAUGAGGCUGAACAACUUCUACAACCGAGGGAAGAUGGUCUUUUUCUAGUGCGAGAAAGUACCAACUUCCCUGGUGAUUAUACUCUAUGUGUCUGUUACAAAAAUAAGGUGGAACAUUAUAGAGUCAUCUAUAAAGAGAAUAAGCUAACAAUAGAUGAAGAAGAGUAUUUUGAAAAUUUGUCAAGAUUGGUUGAGCAUUAUCAAAAGGAUGCUGAUGGUCUCUGUACAAGACUAAAGCUUUCUGUUCCUAAGAAAGGAGGGCCAGAGUUUUCUGUGGAUUCACAGGAAUUUGAAAAGGCUGGAUGGACAAUAAAAUUAGAUGACUUAAAACUAGGAGAAGUUUUAGGAAAGGGGGAAUUUGGUGAUGUUGUUCUUGGCUGCUUUCGAGGUCAAAAAGUGGCUGUGAAAGUUUUGAAAGAUAAUAGUAAAGCUGCCCAAACUUUCCUAGCCGAAGCAUCUGUCAUGACUUCCUUGUCCCAUAGAAAUUUGGUUCAGCUUCUUGGUGUGGUAUUUAACUGGCCUUCCAUUUAUAUUGUCACUGAAUAUAUGUCAAAAGGGUCUUUAGUAGAUUACUUACGAUCAAGGGGACGAUUGCAUGUUACAAAGAAAGACCAGAUAAACUUUGCAGCAGAUGCUUGUGCUGGCAUGGAAUAUUUGGAGUCCCGCCAGGUAGUUCAUAGAGAUUUGGCAGCUCGAAAUGUUUUAAUAUCAGAUGAAAAUGUAGCUAAGGUAUGUGAUUUUGGUCUAGCUCGAGAAAAGUCAUUCAAUUUGGAAGGAGGGAAAUUUCCUAUCAAGUGGACUGCACCAGAAGCCCUGAGGCAUAGUAAAUUUUCUAACAAAUCUGAUAUGUGGAGUUUUGGAAUUUUGUUAUGGGAAAUAUAUUCAUUUGGCAGAGUGCCUUAUCCAAGGAUUCCUUUGGCUGAUGUUGUGAAACAUGUUGAGAAAGGCUAUCGGAUGGAAGCUCCUGAGGGCUGUCCUUCAGACAUUUAUGAUAUUAUGAAACAAGCGUGGGAUUUGGAACCAGAUAACAGGCCUACAUUUGCUGAUGUCUUAAAGAGACUUGAACAGAUAAGGGCAAUUACAGAUUGACAUAAUAGAUAAUAUCCUUUUCUAUGAAGAAUGUAAUGUAGAUUUGCAGUGCCUUCCAGUUUUGGUGAAAUGUGUUUAGAAUUUUUUUAAAAGGAGAGAUAAAAAGUAAACUUAUACUGCUGGUGCUUCCAACAGCAACUAUUAUCACAAGGCCUCAUCUGCAACUUCACUGUGUGAGUGUAUAUCGUUGAAAGAAUGAAUAGAGAAUAUUUAACUUAUGAAAGUUUAUCCUACUUCAUCCAUUGUGCGGAAGUUUGCAUCAUUAUACCGAGCCAUAUCAUAUAUUUGGUCAAAAUAUUUUCAUGCUUUUUUUUUUCUUCCAUCGUUGAUAAAUUUGAUAUGCACGACUGGUGUUUUAUACAACAUGUUACAAACCGUGACUGAAAUUUUUUUAAGAGCAUUCUGUGAAAUCAUAAAGUUUUGUAGAUUUAAUAUUUUUAAGGAAAAAUUCUUUUUCCUUCUGAAAGUGAAUGUUUUUAAUUACCUUUUGAGAGAAAAAUUUUAGCUCAUGUCUUUGCAGAUUAAAAAUUUUUAAAUCAAUUUUUAUAUGGAUAUUUUUUGUAAAUU